GCCAGGAACGGCAGCUGCAAGGUGCAAGAGCGAGUGUAACGGCUGAUUGACGGUGGCAGCGGCGAGGGCUGCGAACCAUCGGCGCUUCGGUCCGUGGAGCCUGGGGCUCGCGUACCAGAAUCCGGCUCCAGGACGACAGAAUCCCUGCGGCGAGCCACGUUCGCCAGCAGCCGCCGUCAGCUCCCGGGGUGUUCUGUCUGCACGGCAGCGGCUUGUUGACGGCCAUGGCUCCUAUGGGCAUACGGCUGUCUCCGCUCGGCGUAGCCGUGUUCGCAUUGCUUGCUGUCGGAGUGCUCUAUCAUUUCUAUUCGGGGUUUCUGGCUGGCAGGAUCGCCAUCUUCAGAAAACUGCCCGGGACGGACAGGAUCGAUCUGAGAGAGCUGCUGGCAUUGUCGGUAGAAGCUACCGUCCGGGGAGGGAAAGAGGUGAAGCGAGUGAUGGAAGAGGGCGAGCUCCACGGGAAAAGCAAAGGGAAAACUAAAGAAGGGGCAAAUGAGAUGCUCACCAAUGGAGAUCUGUUAUCACAUCAAAAGAUGUAUCACUUAAUUAAAAAUACAUUUCCAUCCAUACAGGUGUACUCAGAAGAGCAUGAUACCAGUGCCAUACCAGAAAUUCCUUCAUGGGAUCAUGUAAUUCCAAAGGAAAUCCUAGACAAAAUUACUACAGCUGAAGAAGUUUCUUCUGACAGCAUUACCGUGUGGAUUGACCCUCUUGACGCCACCCAGGAAUAUACAGAAAAUCUUUUGGAGUAUGUUACGACAAUGGUGUGCGUAGCUGUGAAUGGAAAACCAGUUAUUGGAGUAAUACACAAGCCAUUUGCUGAUUUUACAGCAUGGGGAAUGGUGCGUGGAGGAUCAAAUGUGAGCAUGCGCAAAUCAUACAAUGAGAAGAAUCCCAAAAUUAUAAUUUCCCGGUCACAUACAGGCACUGGAAAAGCAUUUGCUCAGAAAGCAUUUGGGAAUGACAGUGAGAUUAAAGAAGCUGGAGGAGCAGGUUAUAAAGUGCUGUCUCUGCUGAAUAUACCUGAUGAUAAACAGCCAGACCAUGCUGAUGUGUACCUACACAUAACCAAUAUCAAGAAGUGGGACAUCUGUGCUGGCAAUGCCCUUUUGGAAGCACUUGGUGGUCAAAUGACCACUUUGCAAGGAAAGGCUAUUGACUAUACUAGUAGUGAGUUGAAUGAUGGUGGAAUUUUUGCCACUAUUGGUCUCUCUCACAAAACAUUACUUGAGAAACUGCCAAGUUUGAAAUCUUUUAAAACCCAGUAGAAAUUCCCAACUAGUUAUUUCAUUGUUAAAACAACAAAAAAUAACAUGCUCAUAAUUGGUCUGAUUUAAACUUUCUCCUCAUACUGUUGGAAUCGAGCAAAUCUUGGUGUAUGAAGAUGAGAGCUUGGGUGUGGGUGGCUUUGCAGAGCAAAAAAUGGUCUUAGUUGGACCAAUUCUGAUUUUAAAAUUGUGAAUAUGGGCAGCUGAACAGUGUUACUGGGUGUGUAUAAAUGGUAGUCAAGCUUAAUGUAUUAAUGUGAAUGUUUAUACCUUUAAGUUAAUAAGUUAUGGGUGUAGAAUUAUGGAACUUGUAAUUGUAGAGUCCAUUAUAUUCAAACAAUGUUUGAAAACUAGCUUUUCUUUAUUGUUCUUCUAAUCGGUUUGGAUGAAGCAUUAAGAUAGAAAACUUUUUUUUUAAUGACCUUUAUGCAAAUAGGAAUUGAAAGUAUCCAAAAUGAAAACAUUUUCUUUACUUUUCAAGAUACACCGUUAAGUAAAUGAGGAAAACCUGAUGUAAUCCUUUAAUUGUUUUCUAAAUUUAAAGAAAAUUAAUAUUUGAAUUGAACUGGCUUCUUCAUUUUGGUAUAAGUGCUUCUUUAAAUAAUUACAGCAUUAUAACUUGGCAAUAACGAAUAAUUGGAUGUGCAAGUCUACGUUAAGUAGGAUGAUAAUACACUGGAAUUUCUGUGUUCCUUGAAUCCUUAUCUCCAUAUUUCUCUUAUAGAUGCUGUCUUAUAUGUUAUAAUUAAUUCUUAAGUACCUUGAAUAAAGGACCCAGCAUUCUGGGUGUACUCUGAUAGUGAUGGUGAUUCAGCUCUUCCAGCAUUCUCCACUGGGUAGUGCAUAGGAAAUGGAAUGCAACUUGAAACUAACUGGAGGACUGUCCCUUCCUCUCCCAACUAAAAUUGGUUAGCUUAUACAGGCUGAGGCUUGAAACUUGUGCACUAUUCAUAUAGCUGGGUGCUAUUAUAGGUAGUGUGUUGCCAAUUAAGCCAGGAUUGACUAGGAUUCUGUUAAGUCGAAGCCCUCAUUCUGACCAAAAAAUUUAAUUUUUUUUAUUUAUUAAAGUAAUCCAAUAUACAUAUAUCUUGCAGUAUGAGCACAAUCUGGUUUUGUACUAAUUGAAGGUAAACCUCAGAAACAAUGGCAAAGACCGGUGCAAAAGGGGAAGAUUAAAAAUUUCACAGCAAGUUUCAGAUCCUUAAUAACAGAUCGGAACAUUGUUAUUCUUCUUCCAAUAGUUGAAUAGCCUUCCAGUCAAAUGGAGCAAAUCUUGCAAUUUGACUUCUUUUAGUGCUUUGAUUGCAUAUUGUCCUUGUUCUAUUUGUCUUUCUGUCCAAGUGCUAUUUGUAUUUUCAGACAAAAUCGCACAGUUAUUUAGUGGGUUAGUCUUUUUGUAAAGAGAAGUAUUUGUGAAACUAAAGUAAUCUUUAAUUUUGUGUGCAUUUACUGUAAAGCAUUAAGGGUGAUAAAGUUAUUUUUAAGACUUCUUGCAUUUAUGUUGAUUUUAGAAAGCGCUGGCUUUGCAUUCUUACACAGCUUGAAGUAGAAAAUAUUUCAAUUUCAGCUUAUUGCAAUGGUUGCUUUGUCUUAUUUUUAUUAUUCAUGUAGCAAGCUAUUUAUAUUUUGAAGAACCUCUGUAGAUUACAUUAUAGAUUUUAAUAUCAUACUUGUGAGUAUGUCAUCGAUGUAAAGUGUCCACACGCAAGCUUUAUGGAUGACUCACAAUUUAUUUAGUGUGAUAAAUAACCAGAAGUCCCAGGUUUAUUCUCUGGAGUUUUUUGAAAUAAGAUGCUUAAUUUCAUCUCGACAUUGCAAUCAGCCUUGAUGGCGCUGGUUGAGAAGAGAGAUAGUUUGGUUCCACAUUCCCCCAUUACCACCCUUUGUUCUCUUCUGGAACUAUGCAUUUUUGAUGUUCGUGAGGCUCUGCUGUCAAAGGACCAUUUCUGCCUAUGGGUUCUUGUGUAUAUGGGCAACUGUGUGGAACUGUAACACAGGAACCACACAACGGCAGGGUGAUAUAGGAGAGGAAAAUGGCAAUUUCCUAUAUGUUCUUAAAAAAAAACACAUUAACAACUGUAAUUUCUAACAGCUAUUGCCAAUAUAGAUUGUCGCAAUUUUGAAUAUAAGUACACGGCUCUUGUUUGACACCACCCUGCAGAACACUAAUCUGUACAGAUUUCUUGGUCCUAGGAAAAAUAUUUUUGCAAAAAAAAAAUUAGCAAAAUAAAUUGUCAAAGCUUAUCAGGUGUGAAAUAUGUCUGAACAGUUUACUGAAUUUAGCCAUAUUCAUGUUUGCUUGGCAGAGCUUUGCAAUGAGAGUUCAGUAUGUGAGGACUCAUUUAGAUUCUUGUUCCUGGAAAUACAACCUGUAUGUCGAGUGAAAGGAUUUGUUGAAUUUUGCUGAACUUUACAAUAACUAUUCCAAGCAUAAAUCUGGUUUUGUUUUUGGUGCUGAGAAAUUAAAGAUACAUUUUUAUGUGCAUUUUUGAAAGGAUGUUAUUUGCAUUUCUUCAAUUAACCUGAUAAGUAAACAUUUACAGUAUAUAGGUGGAUGAUUUUGAAUUAGGUAUUUUUGGGCAAUAUUUAUCCCUCAGAUAACAUCAGUGGCCCUCUGUUGGUCAAGUCGACCACUGAUGCCGCGUCUUGCGUUGCUGGUGCAGCGGCAUCUAUGGCUGACGAGAUAAACAUGAGGGUGGCAGUCACUGUUGCAAGCAUCACAUCUGUGUGGCCUCAGCACUACUGGAGAUGCAUGGUUCCUUUCUAUGGGCCUGUUUGUCUUCUGCUUUCAGGAUUAUUUCCUGGCUUGACUUAAGGUGUUGUUUCAGGGUGCCUCUCCACCUGCUGUGGUCCCCUGCAAGUUCCUCUCAAGACUCAAGGUUGAUGUCCAGUGCCUUCAUGUCCCACUUGCAGGCAUCUUUGUAGCACAGUUGCAGGCAUUACAGAAAAAUAUUGAGGUCAUUUUCUAGACAUUAUCAAUUUCCCUUGUCGGAUCUUGCAGUGUGUAAAUUUGCUGUAUGUUCCUUUAGUUAUAAGUGUGAUCACUUUUUAAAAUUACUUCAUUAGUUUUAAAUCCUUUGGGGAUAUCCUGAAAAUAUAUGGGGAGGGGGGAGGUGUGGUGUUCUUGAGGGGUGCAAUCCAAUAUUUUUAUGUUGAAAUCUAUAGCUCAAUUAGACAUCUUAUAUUUAAUUACACUUCUAUCUGAAGUCAUUCUUUUUGUUAUUACUUGAGAGUUUACCUUCAUUACUUAAUAUCUGGUCAUUAAGACAAUAUAGGAGUGUUUUGCAAUGCAAACUGAGUAAUAUUAUCUCACAUAAUCCUAAAUCAAUUUUUGUCUGUAGGAAGGUGUUUUGAUUCAAGCAAGAGAGCUAACUGGGAAUUAUAAAUGAACAGCCUAACUCAAUUAAGAGAAUAAUGGAAACUGAAUUUUAAUGUUUAAGUACCACAUGGGAGAAACAGUCCUGAAGCCAUUUUAGUUGAGUUAAGUGUUCAGAAAUAUUUUGGUAGCUAGGUAAUACUAAACAAAUAGAAAGUAUUUUUCUCUACCCCUACACUCCACAAGCAAAAGGUUUAACUGCUGAUUGUGCCGAAACUUGUACUCAGAGGAAAGUUAGUCAACUUGUUGUCCUUCUAGAUCAGAAUUCCUGGAAGUGAAAGCCCUGUUGAGAUGCUUUAAAGAAUUGUCCUCAUGCUGAUGGUGUGCUUUGGCUCAAUGAUGUGAGAUUUGAAUUGCUGGUCCUGUUUUUGUCUGAAUUUAGCAUGAUAGCUGAGCCGCACACUGGGUCGAGGAUAACCUCAGUGUGAGGAUGGUGUAUACAAGGUCUGUAUAGGUACUCCCAUCAACACUGUCAUGGGCUUUUGUCAGAGUAUGACAGAAUAGACAAAGUCAAGGCCGAUUUUUCUCUCUCAAUAUCUUUUUCAAGCUAUUCUAGCAGAAACAUUCUCCAGGAUCUGGCCAGCUUGGUCAGUAUUAGUCAAAACAAAAGAGUGCCAUGUCGUCAAUUGAAUGUAGAUGAUAGAUGUAGGAGGUUUACACAGGAGUCACCAUUUGGCCUUUUCAUUCUCAGCCAACCUGUUGUUCUGCCUAGUCCCAUGUACCCGUACCAGUACUACAGCCCUCCAAACCUGUGUCAUCCAUGUACCUAUUGAAACUUAUAAAUGUUGAAGUUGAACUCACACCCACCACCUCUGCUGGCAGCUUUUUCCACACGCACCACCCUCUGAAUGAAAACGAUCCCCUGAAACAUUUCACCAUUUCACUUUUCACCAUAAAACCUAAAAGCUGUGGUUCUAGUCUCUCUCAACCUUGAGGAAAAGUCUGCAUGUAUUUACACAACAACACACGCAAAACGCUGGAGGAAUUCAGCAGAACGGGCAGCAUCUAUGGAAAUGAGAACAGUCAACAUUUCGGGCCGAGACCCUUCGGCAGGUCCUGGCCUGAAACGGGGACUGUACUUUUCUCCAUAGAUGCUGCCUGGCCUGCUGAGUUCCUCCAGCAUUUUGUGUGUGUUGUUGGAUUUCCAUUGCCUGCAGAUUUUCUGUUCGUGAAUGUAUUUACACUACCUAUUCCCCUUAUAAUUUUGUAUAAUAAGAUCACCCCUCGUUCUAUGCUUUAGAGAAUAAAUUCCUCACAUUUUCAACAUUUCCUUGUAAUUCAAGUCCUCAAAUUCUGGUAACACCCUUGUAAAUUUUAUCUGUAAAUUUACACUUACCUGUAUUUGAUUUACCAUAAUGAGUCUUUGGGUUCAGAGGCAAUGUUGAAAAUUUUCAGUGCUUAUUACCUCUCCAAAUGAGCUGGUCCUUCUAAUUAAUGAGAGUUUUUUUUAAAAUGGACACAACAUGCCCAGCGCUGGUGAUGACAGAUUCUGGGCAGCUGAGUGCAAGAUAUAACUCUAGGUAUUUAUUUUAUAUAUGUGUUAAAGCUGUUCCAACUUUGCUAUGCACGUAGUUCUUAGUUGGGAGGACUUAGUAGAGGAUGUUUGGACUAAGUUUGUGUUUAUUGUAUCUGAUGCUUUGAUCAAUGCUGAGUGGUCCAUUUAUUGUAUCCUUUCAUCAUUUGGUGUGGUAGAUUGUAACUAAGUGUUUGCUAAGUGAAGUGGGAGUCAAACAUGGUGGCAAUCUAUAGAUGCGUACUGGCUACAUAAGGCACAAAAGAUAGGCGUUCUUUCCUGAACGAACCAAUGAAUCGGGGACAUUUCGAAUCAAUUGGUGCAAGCUUUUUAUUCCAUGUUUUAAUUAAUUUUGUUUUCAAUUGGGCUGUGAUGUGAUUUGAGCAUUGUCUCCAGGUCAUUAGCCUAGGUUCCUGAAUUUUUAGUUCAAUAAUGCAAUCUCAUACUAAUUUGAUAUCAAAUAUCAAAAAGGCAAUAAACAAGCAAUAAAACUCGUGAUGUAUUGCCCUGUUUACUCCCCGGAAUACUACUAUUAAUGAUGAGAUGUUUCAUAUUGCUAAGGUAUUAUCCACCACCUCAACAGAUGUAAUUUAGCACCACUGAUGGCUUUCAUCUCAAAUAGGGGUGUGAUGGGUGAAAGAGCAGCAAGCAAUCUGAAUUUCCUUGCUGAAAAUGAAGGUUUGUUACUAUGAAUUACUUGUAUUUACAUGAAUAUUAAAAAUUUAUGUUGCUGCUAGUACCGACAAUACUUAAUAGGCAUCAAGAGAAUACUGCAAGGUUCAUCGUGCUUGUAUAUGCAGUUGAAAAAGGUUGUGUACAUUGAAAUCUAAACCCCAGAUUUGGAAUGAAAGAUGAUGAAAUAUCUUCAGAAUCUCUCAUCUAUAAUUCGCACUUAGAAUCACAUUUGAGUGACAGUGAUAAAGGGUGACGGUCAUUAUUUCCAUGAACUAUGUCUGUUUCACUUGAAUUAUGGUCAUGAAGCCGUAUCUUCAUGGUUCAUGGAAUAAAUAUCACCAUAACACUCUUUCAAUUGCAAUAUGUAUUUAUCAGUCAAACCAAAACUUAAAAAACUGCUCUAGUAACUGAGCAAUUAUUCAGUAAUUUUCCAGUGCUUCCUUGUCACAAGAAAAUAAGUACUGAAACAAUUAGCAUGUUUAAUCUAACAGACUGUAAAUUAAACAGUGUCGUUUUUUUGUGUAGUUAGUAAUAAAAACAGUACUUCUUCCAUACCCAUCUCUAAGAAAUGUAACUCUUUCAGCUGAAUCAUUAACAGUUUUAUUUCUUAUAUUGUAUAGAGUCUGAGGAAAGUUUAAAAUGAGUUAUAGAAUUUAAAUAUGGUAAAGUAGAAUGUAAACUGCAUGUUUAACAAAUUUAAUUUUCUCAAUAUAGAAUUUUAAUAAAAUUAUUUUGCUGCUGUUCUUUUUUGUGCUAGGUGUGGGACCAGAUGUAUCCUGAUUAAGUAUUGCAAAAGACUAUGAACAUAAUUCAUAAAUAUUAUUUGUGAAGAAAUGUAUUUAGAAGUGAUUCUUAAUAUAAAUCACAAAAUCAGCAUUGCAUGCUUAAAUACUGCAAUUUUUGAUGUUGCCCAAAUCACUUCUCCAUUAUUACAAAAUGAUAAAGUUGCAUUUUUGUUGGUUAACAUUAUUUAUAAAUGUGUUAAAUCAGGGUUGCUACUUGCAUUUUAUUUCCAAGAUUUGCAAGAAGUUUUGAUGUUUUGUAUUUGAAAGUGUACAACUCACUGAACAAAUACAUUGCUUGCAUCGGUAAAAAUAAACGAUAGCUAAUUUUAGGAUUUAAGUCAUGCAAAUGUGUGAAAUUAGUAUAUUCAAUGUUUUUGUAACAACAUUUAUAAUAAAAGAGCUAAAUGGAUUACUUAAAUAGCA